AAAGAAAAGAAAAACAUUUCUUCUUCUUCUUCACAUAUCCCCUGCGCCACCCUUUCCCAACCCGCCACCAUAAACAUAAAAUGAUAAAACAACCUCUUUAAGCUUAAGCAUUUCUCGUAUCAAACAAAAAUGAACUUAGCACUUCGUCUAAUCCCUCCUUUAUCUUCCAAUUUACUCUCUUUAAUCUCCCCUUUCUUCAUUUCUCUCCACCAAAUCAUCCCAUUUUCAACACAUUCACUCCAACUUCAAGAUUCCCCCAUCAUCACUUCUAUAUGCAAUUGCUUACGCAAACGAGAAAACUGGGAAACUUUAACCCAAAAAUUCCAAUCUUUUCAUUUUACUAGUCCAAUUAUUCAAGAAAUACUCUUACACCUCAAAGAACCUAAAGAUGCCAAAAAUGCCCUCAAUUUCUUUCAUUGGUCAGCAAAAAAUUGUAAAAUUCAACAUGGGGUUUUCAUUUAUUGUAUUAUUAUUCAUAUUCUUGCUAAAUCUAAGCUUGUUAAGCAUGCUAACGCGUUAGUCGAAUCUGUUCUCAAGAAAGAAGAAAAUGUGUUUGUGGUUCUUGAUUCUUUAAUUGGUAGUUAUAAGUUAGUUGAUUCGUGUCCGUUUGUGUUUGAUUUGUUUGUACAGUGUUGUGGGAAAUUGAGAAUGAUAGAUAAUGUUCUUGAUGUUUGUAAACUGUUGGAUGAAAAUGGUUUUAUGCUUAGUGUGAUUAGUUAUAAUACAUUGUUGCAUGUAGUGGAGAAAUCGGACAAGAGUUGUAUGGUUUGGGGUUUGUAUGAGUACAUGAUUGAGAAAAGGGUGUAUCCGAAUGAAAUGACAACUAGAAUUAUGAUUAGUGGUUUGUGUAAAGAAGGGAGGUUAGGGAGGUUUUUGGAUGUUGUAGAGAAAUGUGAUGGGAAAAGAAGUCGACCUGGGGUUGUUGUGAAUACGUGUUUGAUAUAUGGGAUGAUUGAGGAAGGAAGGAUUGAAGACGGGUUGAGGUUGAUGAAGAGAAUGUUGCAAAAAAAUAUGAUAGUUGAUACGAUUUCUUGUUCAUUGAUCCUUCUUGCGAAGGUGAGGAUGAGAGAUUUGGAGUCUGCAUGGGGGGUUUAUGAUGAAAUGAUUAGGCGGGGUUUUGAAGGGAAUGCAGUGGUGUAUGAUUCGUUCAUUGGGGCGUAUUGCGAGGAGAUGAGGGUAGAUGAAGCGAUUAAGCUGAUGGAUGAAAUGGAGUGUUUGAAUAUGAAACCGUUUGGCGAAACAUUUGAUCAUCUGAUUAAGGUUUGUUCGGAAGUGGGAAGAUUAGAAGAAAGCUUGAAACUUUGUGAUAAGAUGAUAGGAAAUGGGCUCCUUCCUAGUUGCUUAGCUUUUAACAAACUUGUUGCCAAGCUUUCUGAAAAUGGAAGUGCAAAGUGUGCUGAUACGUUAUUGACUACGCUGAUGGAUAAAGGUUUCGUUCCAGAUCAAAACAUCUAUGCUUAUCUCAUUGCUGGUUAUGUCAACGUAGGAGACGUUGAGGGAGCACUUAAGCUUUAUUAUGAGAUGCAGUAUAGGUCGAUCUCUCCUAGUACUUGUAUUUUUGAUUCAUUAAUUAUUGCUUUGUGUCAAUGUGGGAGAUUGAAAGAAGCGGAUGAGUUUCUCUCUUUAAUGGUUGGUCAAUCCUUGACACCGAACAUUCUUGUUUAUAAGAAAUUGAUCGCAAGCCACUUGGAGAGAGGCGAUGAAGCAAGGGCUCAUCAGCUGUACAGAAGGACGUUCAGAGAUUGACGACAUACAAUAGAAUAGUUUCUGAGCUUUCUGAUUUAUUUGCAACACAAUCGAGCUCUAUCAAUAAGCAGAUUAAAGAAAGUUGAUUGACAUAACUUUCUUCGUGAUGGUAUUGGUGAAUGUUUGUUGGCAGGUGGUAACAUGGUCUUUUCCAUGUAGUCCAACAGUUGGUAGCAUAAUGGUCGGUUAUGUGCUUCAGCGCUGUGUGAAUAGGUUGGCAAGUGGUAACCUAUACUAGUGAAUGUUUGUUGGCAAGAGGUAACCUCUGUUCUACUACAUUAUUUCUCGUGAAUUAGAAAUUUGACUGCAAUAUUGGAUGGUGUUUAAGAUAUUAUUAUACAUGAUGUUGAAAGAUGUGGAUUUUUCUUCCCAGCUGCGAUAUGAAUGGCUUAUCAUGAUCCUGAUAUGCCACUUUUAGGGAGUUUGCCACUUUCUGAUAGUAAAUGUGCUUUAUCUCAGCGAAGAUCAGCUUCAGUUGAAUUUUGGUACUUGGAAAGAAUGAUUCAAACCUUUGAUUUACCAUAAGUAGUAAAAGCAAAUUGAGAACCAGUCCUGAUUUUUUGAGUAGAGAUGGAGGUAAAGGAUGAGGGAAAUGCAUUACUCCAUAGUUAAUUGAACUACCCUCUGCUGUUUUUCCAUUAUUUGGUGGAAGAAAGAAGCCGAAGCACUAAGAACUUGAUGCAGGCUGGCAUAACGCAUUCACUGCUUAAGAUUCUCGACACACUCCUGUUACAGGCUCUGGUGGAUGAGGGAAGGUCAAACAGGACUAUUAGGUUUCUGGGCUGUCACGCUUCGGAAGACGAGGUGCACAUGACACCCUAGGUGAGUCCCUCAUUUGAAUGAGAGAAGAAAGUGAAGUUCUUUAUGAAAAAGAGCUUAGGUUCACACAGUUGGCACACUUUUGGGGGGGCUUGAUAUGGCAUAGCCCGAAAGUCAAACCAAGCCAAAGAAGUUAUUUAGUUCUACCUUUUCUAAAUUAUUAUGCCAGAUCGUCCAAAGCGGACAAUACAUGGCAUGGACUUGAACUGGGACGGCAAUGGAUUUUUAUGGUGGUAAGCUUCUCAGGACUUCCUCAAAGACAACAACUCUUUUUGAAGCCUGUCAUACAAAACCCGGGCGCGAUCUGCAGCGGUGACCGAGUUGGCUGCCUUUGUGAUAAUCCCCUACAUGCUUUCUCGGACGAGCUUUGCCCAGUGGGCUUUACCUCUCCUGCGUAACUUGCGAGUUAUUAUACUGAAACGCAGAUUACCUUGAGCCACCUGAGUUCCCUUGCCAACAACAAAAGAAAAAAUAAAAUACCAACAGUAUUUGGGAGGAAAGGAAAAGGAGAGUAUUUUGAAGCAAGCUCAGGAGCUGUGGAUCCAUUGACAAACUCAUUUUCCAGGAGAUAUUCUGUAGGCGGAGUCCGGAUAUGAAGUUUAUGAGUUUGGAUUCGUCCUGUUGAGUUAUUGGGUUCUACAUCAAUAAUUUGUGUAUAUUAAAUGAAUUUCCUAAGACAAAUAUAGAAUUUGAACUAAGGGUGUAUUUGGUAUGAUGGAAAAUAUUUUCCUGGAAAAUUAGUUGAUUUUCUACUUAUUUUAUCA